CUUCAAUGAGUUAGUUCCUACAACUUGAUCAUUAGUUCCACGUCUUUGCAUUCUUGGAAACUGGGGACCAAUUACUACCCAUUAAAAUCUAUCACCAGUAAUCGAGAAUUUCCAGUUAAAGUAACAAACUUUCAGAGAGGACCAAAAUUUCGGUUCUACAAGAACCUUAACUAAAAUCAGCAAUUCUACAAGUGAACUCCAACUUCACAUCACAUGGGAUGAUGAGAUGGAACCCAAUAAUCACACACUAUAACCCACCCUUCAUUUCUCAUCAAAUAUUCAAUAUAGCCCUCUUUCAUAUUCUUUUGGGAUUCCUAUUAGUUUUUUGGAGUGACGGAAGGAUGGAGAGGAAGUUGCAGUCUGAAGGCAGAUUCCGCUCCUUCUUCAAGGUUUAUUUUCCUACCUCUUCAAAGAAAAUGCAAAUCCCCAUAGCUUACACUGCAUACAUGAAAGACAAAAUACCGAAGACAUCAUUUUUAAGGCAUGAAGAUGGAAAAGUUUGGAAGGUGCGGGUUGAAGAAACCGGGAGUUGCUUCUAUUUCUGUGAUGGUUGGGAAAAGUACGUUAGGGAUAAUUCUUUAGGAGCAGGGGAUUUUCUAGUUUUUCAGAUUGAUGGGCAGAGGGUUUAUGACGUAACUUUGCUCGGACGCAAUGGUAGCGCAAAGACUGUGGUUGAAGUAGAUGAGGUGGAAGACGAAGAAGAAGAAGAAGAAGAUAAAGCAUCUUUUAACCACUCAAAGAAGUCCGAAAGGGAGAAGCCUGGAAACCGUAAGCGGACUGUUGCUGAUCCUCAUGACCAUGAAAUCUUUACAUCGGGACUGGUUUCCAGGCCAAAAAAUCCUUACUUUCUCUCCUCUGUCAGGAAAGAGAGGAAACAAGAAUUGUUUGUGCCAUUGGAUUUCAUUGAAGAUCAUAACCUUUGCCUCCCGUCGGUUAUAAAGCUUCAUGACCAACAUGGUAGAAAGUGGGAGUCAAAGAAGAAAAUAUGGAAGGAUGGCAGGGUGUGGUACUAUAAAGGAUGGGGAAGGCUCUGCAGGGUAAACCGUGUCGCAGAGAAUGAUAUCUGCAUCUGUGAACUCAGGAAAGGAAUAGAUGGAGAGCAAUUUUUCCAUGUUCGAAUUGUUCGGAUCAAAGAUGGUGCUUAGACCUCAACACUAAACCUAACAACUGAUAGCUGGAAUGUGUUUUACGACCAUUGUUUUAAUCAGAUUUUGAGAGACAUAACCAUUAAUUAGUUAUUGCAAUAAUGUGGACAUUUUAGAUGAAUCAAGCCAAAGCUGACGCAUGACUAACACUAAUUAAAAUGAAUGUUUGCAGUGCGGUUGUUGUUGUAGUGGUUUUAAUCAAUCUGCUAUGAUUAAUAAUGUGAUUCAGCGGGCAAAUUCAUUAACACUGAUUGAUAUGUGUGAAUCUCAUUUGGUUUUGAAUUCUGUUUCUGUUUCAUAAGAG